GCCAGCAAGUUCACAUGAUCUAGUGCGGCCCAGUGAGGAUUAGAAGCUGGCAGAGUAUGCUUUACUGCACCAUAACCUUUCUGGAUGUUCUCGUUUCCUAAAACGUACAUGUAGCGGAAGACAGGAAGGACUCAUGUCUGUAUGUAGCAAACGGGGAAUUUAGAAUGCAAGGUGUACGGAGGCAGGAACCAUGAGAGGUGCGGUACACGAGCAAUCCCCAGCGCCGAGCACAUACUCCACACUCAGCAAAGCUGGUUGAUGGAAUGACGGAAGGAAGAAGGCUUCCCCUCAAAUACUAUUUAGCGACAAGCGGAUGGGUGAAGGGACGCACGGAUGAAUCAAGGAGCGAAGGAGAAACGCAGGCGGCCCCCAGGCGGCGGCCCCCGCGCGUCCGAAGGCGCAGCGGAACCCGAGGGCGGUGGCGCGGUUUCCCUUAAAAGCGCGGGGGAAGCUUGAGGGAGCACACAGGAAGGCAGGGCGGUGAGCGGGAGCGGCCCGGCAAAUCCUUAGGAGAAGAUGACCGUGUUCUUUAAAACACUUAGAAAUCAUUGGAAGAAAACGACGGCUGGGAUCUGCCUGCUGACAUGGGGAGGCCAUUGGCUGUAUGGAAAACACUGUGACAACCUGCUAAGGAGAGCAGCCUGUCAAGAAGCUCAGGUGUUUGGCAAUCAACUCAUUCCUCCCAAUGCACAAGUGAAGAAGGCGACGGUUUUUCUCAAUCCUGCAGCUUGCAGAGGCAAAGCAAGGACUCUAUUUGAAAAAAAUGCUGCCCCGAUUUUACACUUAUCUGGCAUGGAUGUGACUGUCGUUAAGACCGAUUAUGAGGGCCAAGCCAAGAAACUCCUGGAACUGAUGGAAAACACAGAUGUGAUCAUCGUUGCGGGAGGAGAUGGGACAUUGCAGGAGGUUAUUACUGGAGUUCUUCGAAGAGCAGAUGAGGCUUCCUUCAGUAAAAUUCCCAUUGGAUUUAUCCCACUGGGACAGACCAGUAGUUUGAGUCCUACCCUCUUUGCCGAAAGUGGAAACAAAGUCCAACAUAUUACAGAUGCUACACUUGCCAUUGUGAAAGGAGAGACUGUUCCACUUGAUGUCUUGCAGAUCAAGGGUGAAAAGGAACAGCCCGUGUUUGCAGUGACUGGCCUUCGAUGGGGAUCCUUCAGAGAUGCUGGCGUCAAAGUUAGCAAGUAAAGGAUCACUGUACUGAUG